UGUGUGUGUGUGUGUUUCAUAUGGUUGUUAAGCAGCACUCUGAACCCUUGCAAUUGCUUGAGUUAAUAAUUGCUGGAUUGAAUCUCUGAUCUUGAGUGGGCGAAAUGCAAGGGUGGAGAUUGGAGUUUUCUUCCACGGUGGGCGCUCGCUGCAAAGAGCUCCCGGCUCUCUGGGAAGACGUGACCCCCAGGUGGCUGACCUGGAGAAGCUCCGGGGGGCAGAGAGGGUUCUCCUUUCACCGCCCGGGGAGACGCCAGAUCCUCCACUGCUAACUGAGAUGGCCGAUGCCCCAUUGCCAAAUUUAACCCCCAGACAUCAGGAACUCAUCCCUACGCCAUGUGGCCCCAUCAAACCUUGGUCGGAGCUGUCCUCCCCCGUCAAGAUCUACUUCUGUGUCACCAUCCUUUCCCUCCUGAGUAUCAUCGGCUUAACGGUAGAGAACCUCGUCCAGCAGACUGAUGAAGACUUCACCAUCUCUCUCAUUCAGUUAAUUGGUGUCGUCUUCUGCAUUUAUUACGUGAGCCGGGGGAUCCUCCAAGAAAACCGACAGGAGCUCAUAGUCUUUGUUCUUUCCAUCUCGCUGGUCAUGCUGCGCUCGGUCAUCAACUUCGCGGUCCUCUCCUCGGAGCAGAAGCCCAAGUUACUUGCCCGCUUCGUCCUGAUCCUCCUGGUGGGCGCCUUCGACGUGAUCUGCGCCGUCGUCCUCAUCCAGACCGACAGCACGAUGGCCUUCCGGGUGGGCGGGGCCCUGGAGAGCCUCCAGUGGCAGUACUUCAUGCAGAGUCUCUGCUUUUCCAUGCUGACCUUUGACCUCCAGGCACAGCUCUGCCUGUGUGUCCUGCUGCUUAUGACACUACACAGCCUCUCUGUCCUGCACAGCGUCAUCCUGGCACUUGGGAUUUUCUGGGCUUUCCUGAAAGUCACCUGCGGUAUCAUUGCUAUCUUGAAAGAGUUAAAGCCUCUUGCCUGGAUUUUCCUCAGCCAGAAUAUACCUGAAGUGGCUUAUCUCGCCUACCUGCUUUACACGGUGACCGUCAAGUGGGGCCAAGGUGACUCCUACGUUCUCGAAGCCGCCCUCAUCACCGGAACCUGCAUCUCCGUGGCCAUCAAAAGCGUCCUGUUUUGGUCUCUGUUCCACGUCUACCGGAGCUUUGGACAAGGGCUGAGAGAAAGGAUGUUUUCUUCCUAUGGAAGCAUCGCUUCAUGAAGACAGCUCCUUUUGCCGGACCCUGAGAGGUGCUUUUACAGCAUGAGAACUAACCCAAGCCGGCAGAUUUCGCUCGCCCACUCCAACUGGGGACACCGAGAUCACCGCCGGGCCGAGUGGAAGGACAGGAGGAGGGACUCAGUUCCACAACUCAAUCCAAGAUGUUCACACGGCCCCUUUCGACAUUCCGGGCUCCCAGCCGGAGUCCCAGGAUCCAGUUGGGCCCCUUGGCCAGGAAUUCACAGCCGCGGAUCCUCGGAGCCCGUCAGAUUCCCCGACCGAACGCUGUUGUGCGUGUGCACUUGUGUGUUUUUGAAGAGCGACCGCUUCGCCCACCGUCCCGUCCUCACAACAGCGUCCACUUGACGUAGCUUGUGUGGCUGUGAUAAAUGUGAGGGCUGUUCUGCUCCUCCGCACAAAUGAUCCCCGCUUGGGCACUGUGGUCCAGGCCCAAUAGACAAAAGGUUGCCCGUGUGUUACGAUAUAAUCCAGCAACCAGGCCCAGAGUGUUUCAGAAGCCUUAUCCUCCCGGGCCAAAGAUGUGCCUCCCAGCGCCUUUUCGCUCAGCGGACAUCCGUGUUUCUACCUACAACAGUUGCAGGGUGUGAGAUCUUUAGCCCGGCCGCUUUGCUGUUGAUGCCAUCGGUUGUGGUGUGUGUGUGUCCCUGUUGGAGAAACUGGGAGAAUUUGUAGUGGCAGCUUUGCCUUGUCAUUCAUUCCCCACAGCUAGGCCGGAAAGUGCCUAGCCCAGGAGGGGCUAAAUCAGCACAAUGGCGUGUUGAAGGUUCAGGGCAAGGGGAGAUACAGCUGGAGGGAAUUGGGGCCUUUUGACUGCUUCGCCCCCUGCACCCUUUCCCAGCCUCUGGCACUGGCAAUGUGGUCCUGUUUCCCCACCCUUUGGAAAUGAAACGCACCAGGCAGGAGUCAGACUACAACUCCCAUCAUCCCCUGUCACUGCAGCGGGGGGGUGAUGGGAGCUGUAGUCCAACUUCUAGGGACCCACGGUUGGGAAUCCUGGCCCAGGCUGCCUGACUGCGGGACAUUUCUGUAUCUUUGAUCACAAGUGGCGUAUUACAGCUUCAAUGCGAGCGGGCCCGUCUUUUACCCGCUAGAGAAGCAGUCUGAACCUUGCCACUAUUCAGAAGCUUCUAGAAGCUUGUCACUGGCCCUUUGGCUAUCUCAGCGUCCAGUGGCUAUAGCGAUUUGCUCGUGUCUGCCUUAGCAUGGCUCCUUUCUUGCUAAAUCCAAAUAAUUUUUUUUAAAAAAAUAAACAAAUAAAACCCUCAGCCUCCCAACCUGACCUUCACCCCAUUUUUAACUUAUGUCCCACUCUUUUAAAAAAUAAACAGGUAUCAGCCCCGGGAGUGUCUUAACUGCUAUGCUCUCUCCCAGCAGAGUGAGUUUGGGUUUUUUAUUUUUUAUUUUUUGAAGAGAGAAACAAUAACGGUGUUUAAUACUGUACUUUUGAAGCUUUGUUAUUUUAUUAAGAAGUUUCUUACAGGUCUUGUAUUUUUCAAUAAAGAGAGUCAAGACCGGC